AUGGAGCCGCGACUCCCUUCCUCUUCCUCUCAGAUGGCCUCACUGUCUUCGUUGUGGCCUGUCCUCCAUGGUCCCUGUGCUUCUUUGUUUUCGCAGUUCUGUGAAGAGAAAUCCCGGUUUCCUGCCAAGACACCGUCAGCCUUCUCUUCCUCUUCUGUCCGUCGGCGAUGUUUGCUCGUUGCCGCUUUCCUUGUAACCAUUUCGGCGUCUUCUAUCGUCGUUCUUCCUCUCUGUCGAGCGCUUUUGUUCAGCCUCAGUGCUUCGUUCCUGGACUGGUAUCUGCAAACGCCAUCUUGGGAAGCUUUUUUCGGAAAGUGGAUGCUCGAAGGGGGGGGCUACUGCGUUGUCUUUCUUGGCACCUGUGUGGCUCUGACGCAGUUGGGCUUCGCUCCGUUUCUCCUGUCCGGGAAACACGGACUUUCCCGGGCGUUUUUUGCUUGUGUCUGUCCCUGCUUUUCUGCGCGAAACCCAUUCGGCGGACAGUUCCGACGUCCGAAGCCAACAGUUCAGUCUUUCUGGAGACCACGAAGGUCUCCGAAAUGGAUCCCCAGAAGGAGAAGGCCUGCGUUUUUCUGGUACGGCCUUUUUCUUCUUACUCUGGCUUUCCCUCCCCGUGGUACAGCGACCGUUGUCGUUCGUGAAUCCACGCGAACACAGAUGCUCCCGCCGGCUGAGAAAGCGGCAGAGAGAUGGCUGCGAGAAGGAGACAAGUGCUCUGGGAGAACGGCGACGACAGUUCCGCAUGAGUUGACGGACGAAAUCAACAAAAUAGUCUUCUUCUGUCCCCUUUCUGGCGAACGCGCCGCGCGCGCCGAAACAGGGCUGAAGUGUCGCUCUGCUUUUUCGUUUCCUUUUCGCUUCUCCCGCGCCUCCGCCUCACUCCUGCGGACCACACAUGCGAGAUUGAAAACGCGAACCUGGCGAAGGCAACGAAAGGCACACCAGAGCUCGCCGACCUCUGUGAAUCAUGUUGAGGCUUCUUGGCUACCCACACUGUUUUCCCGUUCCUUCUGCUUGCCUUCAUUCUCUUCUUCCUCAUCUCUGUCUUCCUCUUCUCUCGCAAGUUCUCUCUCUUUGGAAUCAUUGUUGAUGCCCGCCGCUGCUAGCCAGAAAUGUCGGGAAGCAGUUUUACAACGCAAACAAGACCCUGUUUUGCCUGUUUCGUCUCGUCCUUUUUCUUCGUUGCCGCCUUCUGUUCCCUCUUCUCGACCCUCGCGUCCGUCUGACACACGGCUCUCGAUCUUCUCUUUUUUCGCCGACCUUUCUUCCUCACUCUGUUCGUUGUCUCUGCGCCCGGCGUUUUCUCUUCUCUCGCCUUCCUGGGAUCUCCGAGGCCUUCCCGUCCUGCUUUAUGGCAGCGCUGCGCCGCUCCUUGAAACGCCCCGGAAAGAACGAAGAAGAGAGAAAGAGGAAGGGAGAGGAUGGAGAGACAGGAGAGGACAAGUGGGGAAGGAAAGUGCCGAGGGAGCAGGAACCGAAAGUCCUGAGCCAUGGCCCAUCGGAGAACAAACAAGUCCAGUCCCUUUUGGGGGCCUUGGCCUUCGCUCUGCGGCGCCGUUCACACUGGAGGCUUCACUGGACGGUUUCUCCCCCCUUUCAUCUCCUUCCUCGGAGCGGAAGAAAUGCCAUUCGAGUUGUCUCUCUUGUUCUCGGCCUGCAGCGCAGAAUGCCUGUCGCUCUUGUCCGAAUCAGAUAGCGUCUCCUUCCGAAGUGUUCACCUUCUCAUCUUCUGCUUCUGCCUCGUCUCUGUCCUCUCCCGCGCUGUGGUCUACCCCCGGUGCGUCGGUGUCUUCAGGUUUGCCCUACAUCUCCGGGUCGAGCGAGUUCCUCUCUCCCUCGUCUUCUGCUCUCUCUUCUUCGCAGCUUCACUCUCUGCCCUACAUCCUUGCUCCCCUCUACCCCGACGGCAGCGGUUUCUGUGUUCCAGUCGCUCCUGGUGACGUAUCGCGGUCUGCUGCGGACAUUUGCUUGAACCUGAACAGCGAGCAAAGCGACGCUGUUUCUUCCUGCACCCACUUCUCCCCUUCUCUUCCUCACCCCGAAAAACCGUCUUCGGCCUUCUCCUCCUCUUGUUCCCUCUCUUCUCCCUCCGCCUUGUCCUCUUCUGCUUCGGCGUCGACCAUGCCUUGCUCCUUCGCUGCUGAGAACCGGCUUGUGGGAGGUCGCGUGGACACUGAGCAGCGACGGGGAGAGGGAGAAAAGGACCGAGAAAAAGUGAAAGAUCGUGUAGUGGGCCACUGCCACCCUUCUUGCUUGACAUGCCGAGCUGACUGUUGCUACCAAAAAGCCGACAACUGCCUGUCUUGCGAUUUAAAGUUUUCCUCGCUCCGACGUCUGUACUCGGACGGAACUGGACGCUGUCUCUCGAUCCGCAAGAGAGAUGAAGCUCCACCAAUAGUCGGUUCCAGUUCUUCGGGGCGGCGAGAGGAAGCGAGUGAGCUCAGCGAUGAAUAUGGGGCAGUUGGAGACUGGUUUCAAGCGCUCGCUGGAUUUGUCGAUCUCCAGACCUGCUGGGAAUUCAUCACUGGACAGACGUCUGUGUCCAAUGCGACUGCGUCCUCACCUCCCAGUUCUUCACCAGCUUUCACCUCCACAUCCUCUUCAACGCCUCCUCCCUCUUCUUCGUCAUCUGUCUUCUCCUCUGGAUCCCCUUCUACGUCGGCCUCCUCGACGUCGUCAACCUCUGCUUCACCUUCUUCUGCUUCUUUCCGCCCUCUUCUUUCUUCCUUUGCUGAAUCUCCGUUUGCGCUACCUCCGCCUUCCGCGUCUUCUGUUUGUCGCGCACUGCCGUCCUCAGCUUCCGCUUUGCCUCUGCUUCACUUUCUCCACCUCUUUUUCCUCCACGCCGACAACAACUUAGAGGAGUCUGCCCUCCUGGACAUGGAGGAAAUCUUGAGUCCGUACGUAGGCCGCCGGGCUCUGAAUGCGAUUUUGGCUGCACAGAACUCAGGCGUCUCUGGAGGUGGCACUCCUGGAGGCGCAGCUAGCCAGACGCCUCCCCCACUCGCGCCUCACCUAGCGCUAGGCCAGAUGUAUAUCGUGGCUCUCCUAGAUCGACCCAAAAGCGGAAGCCCCAGCAAAGCGACAGAAGCCAGCAUAGGCCGCGUCCACAUUUGCGGGAACCUUGAGUACACGCAAAAGGGGAAGAUUCGCGUCCGAGGAAACAAGACGAUUUCUGUCCAGGAAGGCUGGCAAGGAACCGUGGAACUUAGCUCAGAAACUGCUUAUGAACUCUUGAGAGUUAAAAAUGAGGACGGAGGAUUCGAAUGGAUGCUGCUGAGAGAUCUCGGAGAGGUGGACAUGAAUUCACCCUCUGUUCUCGCGGCCUUCAUUGAAAGGAACCUGAACCUUUUCCCCACGAGACAUGCGGCCCUGACUCUUUGGAAUCACGGAAGCGCCUGGGUGGGUUUCGGAGACGACGAGAGCAACGCCGACCACUCACCGAUGAGCUUGAAGGAGAUAGUGCAAGGCUUGCAAAAGGGUCUGCGAGGAAGCGUUCGGGGCAAGAACGACCCCGCAUUCAAAUUCAGCGUCUUAGGAUUUGAUGCUUGUCUGAUGGCGAGUUACGACGUCCUCGAAGCCGUUGCUCCCUUCGCCCACUUUGUUAUUGCGAGUGAAGACAACGAACCAGGCCAUGGAUGGAAUUAUCACCUGACCGACCCUACGACUCUUUUCCUCGACGACGGCGCACAUGCGGCUGGGUCUCGCUCUCGCCAGCCUCCGUCCCGAAGAGCGUUCUUUUCUUCAGAUUUCUCUACCCCGGCGUCUCUGUCAGCAUCUGUCUCCUCUCUUGCAUCUCCCGCGCCCUUUCGUCUCUCCACAGCCUACGAAUACGCCUCUCGAUUCGUCGCCAGUUACGCGCUCCAUCCGCGAACCUCUGUCGCCUUGACGCUCUCGCUGAUAGAAGUAAAAACGUUUCUGACAUUCAAACACAAGUUCGAAGAAGUCAUGGAUCAUUUGUUUGCGUGCGGAGGGAGUUCCAUCUCUGCCGUCGUUCGGCGUGCCCUCGCGGCCUCCUUCACAAUCCGAGGUUGUGAAAUGGUCAGCUUGUGCUCCUGCUUCGACCUUCUCGACUUCCUCGACCACCUGCUGCGCCUUCUCUCUGCCCAGAGACAGCAGAUCUACUCUUCCUCGCCUUCUCUUUCUGCCCCGACAAGCUCAGCGUCUCCGCCUAGGAAAAGAGCUGCGCCUGCGCCGCUGCUGUCUGUCUCCGAGAAGGUUGCGAGUCUUCGACGGAUGCUGAAGGCCAUGGUGGUCAUGGAGGUCGGAGGGCGGGAGGACGGCAGAUAUGCAGGUCUGAGCAUGUACUUCCCCGAUCCCAAUAUGCAGCUACACUGCAAAAACACCCGCGGCGCGGCGUUGUGGGCAGAACAGUAUCACCGGUCGGUCCAGUCUCGCUACGCCUCCUUCGUCAAGUCGGUCCAGAACAACCAGAGAGGAGGCGCGUGCUACUUUUCUUCUCCUGUUGGGUCUGCGCCACCCCCGCAGGCGACGGAAGCCUCUCCACAACCAGCAGAGGAAGCUGAAGAGGAACCGUUCGAGGUGUUGGAGGCGCGACUCCUCGGAGGGAGGAGACAGCGCGGCAACCCUCUAGUCGGUCUGGCAGCCAUCGCACCCUCAAGUCUCAUGUUCGCUCUCACGUUCAGGGGAUUCGUUUCUUCGGUGCAUGGCAAGGAGGCGUCGGCGUCUGACGCAUCUCAUCCCCAGCGCAAGAGAAACGAGCAAAGCACAGAGUUGCAGAGCCACGAAGUGCAUUUGGCAUUCCUUCCUCCGUCAUCGUCCCUGGUGCCUGCGUCCUCCUCGCGUCCUGCGUCUCUUCGUCCGCCUCCUGCUUCCCCGAGAGGAGUGAACUCAGCGACAGAGUGGGCGAGGGCGAGAGAGAAGGGAGAUCUUCACAUUGUCGUAGAAGUUUUCAGCACCCUGCAGGCCUCCAUGACAGACAUCAACGACAUAGACUGGGGAGGGUCUUUAGGCGAAGAACGAGACGAGGACGAGCCGCAGGAAGAAAGACAAGACGACAGGAAUCCAGAAAAAAGGAAACACAGGACGUCUGAAGAUGAGGAGAUGCUAGGGACAGGCAAACAAGUCAGGCCAGCAGAAAACUCAAGAAGUCCAUCUGUUCGAUACGGGGAGACAGGAGCGACCAGGAAGGACGGCAAAGUAGAGGAGAAGAAGCCAAGGGGUGAAGAAAAGGAAGAGAGAAACGAGAGAAAAGACACGAAGCGGCGCGCCCCGGAAGCCUCAGAACCGGCUUCCAUUUCGUCUUCUGUGUCUCCAGAAAAGGAAGGCGACAGAAAAGAAGCACAUGCAGAUGGAAAUAAAGCUAAGGCGCAGCGACGGAAGGCAGAAAACCUUUCAGUCGUUGAAAGCUGGUGGGACGAGCGCGUGUGGCUUCUUCGACAAAAGCGAGCAGUUCUGCCUUCUUUCAAGGAUCCUCGGAGGCUACCGCUGGCGCUGGACCGACAGACAGAAAGCGAAGAAGAUGACGCAGAUGAAGAAUCCGACGGAGAAGACUGGAUCCAAGAUGAAGGAAAGGAUGACUACUUGGAGUCUCUCCUAGUCGCCAUGCAAGAUGUCCCUGAAAGUCCUUCUCGACGAAACACUGAAGAGCGUCGAAUCUUCACAUUUCCUUUUAUUUUCUACGAAGACGCCGCGGGACUUGAAUGCGCUCGGGGAAGUGUCGCGUCCUCGGCAUUCGCGCAUGGAAACUCGACCUCUCUUUCUGCUCCGUCUCUCGCCCCGUCUCGUUCGGAGUCUCCUGGAAGCCCCCUGCCUUCGGCCUCUUCUUCUCACGAACCUCGGACUUCUGAUCGAACCAGUGUGCUCACGGCGCGCCGACUGGCGGACGCGGAAGAGUGGCAAGAGGCUAACAAGGAGACAGAGCAAAGAAGUCGGAAAGAAGGCGGUUUUUCUGAGGUCCUAGUCAAUACGUCCAGGGAACGGCUUUCCUCUACAGGGCGACCAGGGGAGAGCGGAGAAGACAGGGGAGGGUGGGAAGUCGUGAAAAAACGGGCAAAAGGGCCUUUUUUCUCUCGGCCUUUCGUGGUCUCGUCAGAGACGCUGGUUUCCUUCCCCGAUGCUGCAGCCGGGAGUGCGGGUCGCCGCCACCUGCAAUCGAAACGCCGCGAAGCUCUUGGCUCUUCUUCCUCGGCUUCUUCCAGUUCUUCUUAUGUGUUCCCCGGAGCGUCAAGCGGCGUGACAGGCCAGAGAGAAGACGGAAGGGCGUGUGGAGAACGCGCGUACCUCCUAGGCGAAAUGGAGGGAGACAGGGUGGCCAACUUGUCUCUCUACGUGGUGGUUAACAACAUGCCUACCGAGCGUCCACAGACCAGCGGCGGGAUCCUCCUGCCGAUUCGAAAAAGGUUCACGUUCGAGCGUUUCCAUCCGCCGGACCGUUCCGCUUCGGCAUCCUUGACCUCAGAGAAAAGCCAAGCCCCGCGCUGGGGAGAGGCGACAGACGAGGAAGCAGAGCGGCGUGAGACCUUGCUACAGGAACAGCUGGCUGCGGCCCUGCGGGAGGAGCGAGAGGGGCAAGCCUUCGCUGCUUCAGGAGACCGCGAGAAGCACAGAGAACAGAGUGAGGCGGGACGAAGGACGGAGGGGAAAGAGCGAAAAGACGGAGGAACAGAAGAUGAAGAAACGAGCUCAGGAGCGUCGCCACGUGAGGCGGAGAGAACCGAUUGGUGGCUUGGGAAUGCACAGAGUGGAAAAAAGGAAGGCGGAGGGGAACAGGAGCAGGGCCAAGAGGGGGGAGAAGAUCCGGGACCCAGGAGCAGCGAACGCGAAGAGAAGCGGGAGGAAAGAGGGGAUGAAGGAGAAACGCAGGCACCUCAAUGGACGAGAAUCACGAUGGAAGAACUCGCUGGGGACGUCUUGUUUCUUUGGGGAGAAAAAGAAGAUGUCGGUGAACUGGAGAUCGUUUCGGUCUCCCGGGGAACCUACGCGCGACUGCAGAAGGAGAAGAAAACGCAUGGCAAGGAGGGCGACUCCACACCUGCGAGAAAGCAGAAAGAAGGAGAGACCGACCGCAGGGACAUGUCUGAAGGUAACGGCGGGGGCCUCGCGGAGAUCGACACACGCCACAUCUUAGGUUUUGUGAUGCAGAGCAUCACGGAAAAACGAGGAGGCUUUCUUCUGUCUCUGCCCGCGCCCCCAGAAGAGACGACGUCUUCGCCUUUCUCCUUCUUCUCAUCCUUCUUCUCGUUCGACAGCGGAGAACAGAAAACGAAAGGAGACGUUUGCGAGCUGACUUGGAUAGGCGACGGGAUAUGCGACCCGCCCUGCGAUCGGCCAGAAUUCGCGGCUGAUGGCGGUGACUGUCCGCACCGCAGUCGACUAGGCCGCCUGUGGCUAGACCAGCAGCAGCCCACAGGCCCUUGCAUAAACAACCAGUGUGGCCUGAACGCGAUAUGCGAAGAAAAUCCCACUUCUUCGGACUUUUCGCUUUCUGCUGACAAUCUCCCGCCUCGCACCCGUCUCGUUUACUUCGAAAAAGGGAUCCAGAGGCAACCUGCUUCUUCUUCCUCCUCCUCUACUCCUUCCGCCUCUUCUCCUGCUUCUUCCAAUUCGUUUGUUCCUGCUUCUGCAUUUGUCUCUGCCCCGUCAUUCGCCUCCUCGACUCUGUCUGACUUCCUUUACUCACCGGAAGCAGACGACAGCCAGACAUCGAUGGGGAAGGUUGGUUCCGACAGAAAACCAACGACGCAGGAAAGUGCCAUAGAAAAUCAGGCUUCACAGAGCGCGCCAGCGACGUCCACAGUAUGGUUCACUCCCAAGGGCUCGUAUCGGUGCCGAUGCAAAGUUGGCUACGAGGGCGACGGACUGAACUGCAGAGACAUCGACGAAUGCGCAGCGGAAGAAACUUCUCCAUGUCACCCUGCCGCUCUUUGCAUCAACACAAAAGGGAGUUUUCGAUGUGUCUGCAAGGCCCACUACGUCGGCGACGGCGUCACCUUCUGUGUGCCUCAAUCAGACCUCGUUCCAGGCGAUACGAGCAACUCAGUCGCGCAGUGUGUCGACAAAGAAGGCAGGCCCUCAUGCCUCGCGACCCUGCACUGCUUGCCAGACGGCUCCUGUGGGUGCAGCGAAGGCUACGUCCGAACGACAGCAGACACCUGCGAAGACAUCGACGAAUGUGAAGAGGGUCUGGCUUCCUGCGCCCCUGCCUCGCUCGCGCUGUGUAUCAACACGGAAGGAGGUUAUUUCUGUAGCUGCCGAGAAGGCUACGAAGGCGACGGACGCCAGUGUGUCAAAGGACCGUCUGUCCUACACGCCAGGUUUGUCGUUUCUGUCGACUUUCGCCCAACGAUGGAGAGAGAAGGAGGCAUCGAUGGAUUCACGCGCCUGUUCAGAGACUCCGUCGCUGAGGCAGUCCCAACGCUCAGCCGCGAGCGAAUUGAGGUCCUCAGGGUCUCUGAAGGAAGUAUUAGCAUUCUGCUUCGCAUCCACCCCCCUUCGUCUUCUCCUUUUUCGUCUCGGAAAAAACGUCCCUUUGCUUCCCGCGACGCAACAGAAGGCGGGGUACACCAGACGGGUGACAAGGAGAAUGCCUUGGCGGCAGAAGGAAGAGACGCGAGAUUUGUGAAGGAAGAUGAAACGCCUUUGACUUCCGCGGAAAUUCUUCUGGCGCUGCAAUAUCAACUCGAGGACCCAACGUCUCCUCUGCGGACGGGACCCUUUGGGGAGUAUGCCGCAGUCAGCUCUCUCGAAGAAUACCACUUUCUCACGAAAUCUCAGGCGUAUGGCACACACGAUGUGCUGGACCUUCUAACCAGCUGGUUGCCUGCUUGGAUCACGGACCACGUUCCUAGGUCCAUCAUCGUUGGAGUGGAGAUAUGUUUCUUCGUUGUGGCCUUUCUCAUUCUCCUGAACUGCCUCAUCAAAAUAUGCAGACGGAGAAAGAAAAGAAAUGAAAUACGGUCACAAAGUGCGAGGACCGUCCGUCGUCGGCCGGCCUUCUGUUGCUGCUGUAUGGGCGCCUCUUCUUCUGAAGACGAAAGAGAAAUUCCUCUUCCGCCUAGAAGGGCACCAGUUUCUUCUUUUCAGCAACAUCGUUCCACCCCCCACCAAACACCUCUCUAUUCUCUUCCACCGUCUUCAUCAUCUUCUGUCCUUAGUUCCUCUAGUCGGCCGCUAGGAGAGACACGGACCGACCGAGAGCGGAAAGAAAGAAUUGGGCGCAUUUUUCCAGGAGAUAGCGAGGAAGGAAUGAGAGAUAAAGAAACACUCGAGAAAAUGAAGAGCGUUGAAGCCUACCAUAGACAAAUCAUAGCAGAAGAACAACGGCGAAGAUACGCAUCACGGGUGGCACUCGGUUGA